AUGGAACGCCGCAUGUGCAACCUUGCAUAUUUCCAACUGUGCUCACAUGUCUAUCAGCAAUUGGGAGAGAAGAGAGACAUCUCCAAGGACCUCAGCGCCGGCAUCACCAAGCUCAGCAAAGACCUCCGAGCUUGGGAUGUUCCCAAGAUGAGUGACAGUCUACUCGUGGCGACUAUCGGAACACUGCGCGAUGAAAAGUACAAUCGAUUCGAGGAUCCGGUCCAGGUAAUGCCCCCGAAGGACUUGGACGCAACAGUGGGAGCCUUCCUCCAGCCGGGCAAGGUGGCCAAGUUGGUGGCAAACGAGCAGUUUGACGACAUGUUCGACGCCGUGAGCCUCGAGGUGGAGGGUGAGCGUGAGCGCAACAGGAAGGAACGACCCGAAGUGCUCGAAGCACUGGCCGCCUCUGCCAACCACCCGGACGCAUCAUAG